AUGACGAUGCCUGCGAACAACAGGCGCGUCGUCCAGAUGCUCUGGCUGGCCGCCGGCCUACUAUUCGUCUUUGCCCUUCUGCACUCGAUGACCUCGCCGGACCAGGCCAAGGAGUGGGCCACGAACAAAGUCGGCAACCUCGUCCAAAACAUCCCGGGUAGCCGGCCCUCAAUGCGCGAGUUCAUGGCUACUGCCGAAGCCAUUUGGGAGAAGACCGUCCGACAGCGUCACGAGAUGAUUGCUACUGACUACGGCGACGCCUCCCUCAUGCCACUCUUCCCUGCCACCAGCGCCGAGGCCUACGGAAAACACCCGUACUCCAUCUGGGACUUUACCCCAGCUUCUUACAGCUGUCCCCAUGAAAUGGAGCGCGUCGGUCGUAUGGGAGACGGCGGCAAGUGGGUGUGCGGCAUGUCGCAAUACGUCAACUACCCCAAGGGCAGGGACUGCAUUAUCUACUCGUUCGGUGUUCGCGAUGAGUCCAGCUUCGAGAACGAGAUGCUGAGCCGAACUAAAUGCAAAGUCUGGGCGUACGACUUUUCUGUUGUCGACUUCGGCGAACAGCUGGAACCCGGCAACCGCGAUCGAGCCAAGUUCCUUCAGGCGGGCAUCGCAGGAAAGACGGAUACAACAAAGACUCCUCCGUUCUACAGUAUCAGCGACCUGAUGGACAUGAACGGUCACAAGUACCUCGAUAUUUUGAAGAUGGACAUCGAGUUUGCCGAAUUCGAGGCCAUGGAUGGUCUGCUUACGGAUUUCCCUCAGAUAUCCGGCGAAGAGCUCCCUAUCGGCCAACUCAUGAUUGAGAUUCACUUCUUCAACGGCAUGACUUCUGCUGGAUAUCUUGACUGGUGGGAGCGUCUUGAGGCACGCGGCCUGCGUCCUACAUGGACCGAGCCCAACUUGCUCGCCAUCACCCUCAACCUUGGUAACAAGGACCCGCUGCUGGCCGAGUACACUUUCCUCAACGUUCACGACAGCCGCAACAUUAUUUUCGGGCGCAGAUAG